AUGCAGUUGCACGACCAUAUGAAAUAUUUAGACAUGGGCUGCAAGAUGGCAUGUAUACCCAGAUAUCAAUGGAAAGGACGUCCGACUGAAAGAAUGUUGUACGCCUCGGAGCAAAGGAUCGUGUUCCUACUCGGAACCAUUUGCCAGAUAUUCCAGAUUGCUGGUGUGCUGAUCUAUUGGUGGUGCAAUGGCCGGAUGGCCAAGGAUACGGGCACCUUUGUGGCACAAUUGUCGGAAAUGUGCAGUUCGUUUACCCUAACAUUUGUGGGAUUCUGUAACGUAUAUGCGCUCUCGGUAAACCGCAAACAGAUCGAAACUUUGCUCGAGGAGCUUCAGGAGUUGUAUCCGAGAUCCAGGAACAAUCACUAUCGCUGUCGGCACUACUUUGACCUGGCCAUGGCAAUAAUGAGAAUUGAGUUCCUUUUCUACAUGUUCUUCUACGUGUACUACAACAGUGCGCCCGUACUGUUGCUCCUUUGGGAACACUUGCACGAGGGCUAUGAUCUUAGUUACAAGACGCAGACGAACACUUGGUUUCCAUGGAAAGUCCAUGGGUCAACACUUGGAUUUGCCAUGGCUGUACUAAGCAUAACCCUGGGUUCGUUUGUUGGCGUGGGCUUCAGCAUUGUCACCCAGAAUCUUGUCUGCCUGUUCUCCUUUCAACUGAAAUUGCACUACGAUGGAAUAUCCAGUCAGCUAGUAUCCCUCGAUUGCCGUCAGCCCGGUGCCCAUCAGGAGCUGAGGAUUCUGAUCGCCUACCACUGCCGCAUCCUUCAGCUGGGCGACCAAGUCAAUAGCAUCUUGAAUUUUGUAUUCGGCUCCAGCCUGGUCGGUGCUACUAUCGCUAUUUGUAUGUCUAGUAUUUCCAUUCUGCUACUGGACUUUGCAUCUGCCUGCAAGUAUGUCAGUGGCCUAGUGGCAUUCGUCCUUUACAACUUCGUCAUCUGCUACAUGGGAACCGAGGUCUCUUCAGCUGCAGCGGAUACCCAAAGUUACGUUGCUGAAAUCUCAGAGGCUACAGGUGCACUGAUGCUCGUCGCAGUUGGAUUUUUCAAUAUAUGUGUCCUCUCGAAUCGUCGUCCUGAGAUUGAGAUUUUGCUUACGGACCUACGGGAACUAUAUCCAAGACCCAGAGAUAGAAAUUACCGCCAGCAGUACUAUUUUGGAAUGGCAAAUGGAUUUAUGAAAUUCGAGUUUAUAUACUUCUGGAUGUUCACCCUAUACUACAACACUGCUCCACUUGUGGUUAUGAUGUACGAAUAUCUAGUGGAUGGCAUGGAAAUGAGAUAUAAGACCCAGAUUAACACUUGGUACCCUUGGAAAGUCUAUGGUUCAGCAAUCGGAUAUGGUGUUGGACACUUCGCCACAUUUAUCUCCUCAAUCGAGGGCGUGGCUUUUUCCUUGGGCACUCACAAUAUCAUCUGCAUCAUGACCUAUCAAUUGAAGUUGCACUUUGACGCUAUAUCCAAUCAAUUACUCAAACUGGAUUCCCGUCAUCCUGGCGCCAAUCAGGAAUUGAGACGGCUCAUCGCAUACCAUAGUCAUGUUAUACAGAUUGCAGAUAGUUUUAAUGAAAUAAUGAACUUUUCUUUUCUCGGCGGCUUGUUCUUUUCCACAACUGCACUUUGCAUGACAAGUGUGGCCAUUUUGCUUCUCGAUUUGCAGUCUGCAGUCAAGUGCAUAAAUGGUCUAAUUGCUUUUAUCGUCUACAAUUUUGUUAUCUGCUUUUUGGGCACUGAGUUCACAUUAGCGUUACCAGCUGCAGCAGUUGGCAGUUCUCACCACGAAUUGGCCAACCAAUUAUAUUUAUACAGUUGGGAUGACGGUGGCAUAAUCCAGUAA